CUUCGGGCGCUCCGGGAAUGGGGGGAUUUUUUCUUCUUUCUGCCCGGCUGUUCGCUCGCUCUCGCUCGACACGGGUCUCGUUAGUGGCCCCCAUCCCCCCUUCGCCGCCGUUGUCAUGAAAUCUGCUGAACAUGGCUGUUCACUCCGCACACACACACACACAUAUGGAAAUGAAUUGGUUCCAAGCUGCAUUCGUUAGCUGGUCCCGACGGGCUGGAUUGGCCAGUGGCGGACGACGAUCUCGACCUUUUCCUGCAGGAACACGGGGUGGGUGGGUGGUACGUAGAGUACUCCGCUCGUCUUCUUCAGGCAACCGGUACCUGGCCUGGCCCACGAUUCAGGUACACGUGGAGAAUUUGGGGAGGGUCUCUCCGUCGCUUUUGCCACAUGGCUGCUGCGGCGGGCGGUGUUUCGCAAGGCACCGAUCUCUGGAGAUCCCCAUUUCCGGAGUGUAUCAGUCAGCUUCUCUCCUCGCCCUCAACUCUGCAUUCUCGAAACAUCUCGAGACACAGCAGCGUCAGCAAUGCACCACCACACGGCAAGCUUGGUGUUCCACAAAACAAGGCCUCCCUCUCCCUCCUCCUCCCCCCACCAAGAGAUCCUUUUUCAUGGAUCCCACCAGCUUGGUAUUGGGCCGUGGGUCAGACAGGAACCAGAGCGUCGGGUUCCGGGUUAAUAGUGGGUGAUGACAACAAGAAAAGAAAAAGGAAGUGAGGUUUUUCACUCUGCCGGCUUCGCAUGUGACGAGUCAUUACCGGCCAGCCUCCACGCCCUCCCACGAUGUAGUCCUUUGUACCAUUUUGCUCGGCCUGCCCAUGCCCGUUUUUUGUUUCAGCGCCGAU